UGGGCGGUGUCCUGGGAGCCUAGAGCCUGGGCGACAGGCAGGCCGGCCGGUCUGAGGAGCUGGCGUGAUGCACUAGCUGUGCCGAGGCUCCCAGGGAAAGCGCUGCUGCGGCAACUUUAAUGGGAGUCUUCUGAAAUCCUCUCGGCAUCUCACUCCUCAUCCUUUCUUUCUUCCUUUUUUCUCCCCAGCCCUUUGCGCAGCCUGUCUUUUAUUUUAUUUCGCUCUGUUAAAACUCAGGAGGAGAAUGAAUUGCGUUGACUGUGGCUGAAAAGAAGCUACUGGCUUCGGGAACGCGCGGGAGGCAGGAUGCUGAUGUGGGCUGCAGGCGUGGAGGUGACUACAGCCCUGACAUUGUCGAAGUGCAAAGCUGGAACAGAAGCAAUGGUGGUCAGGGGUUGUUGGGAGGAUGAUGAAGAUGACUGCUUUUUUGGUUAAUGUUGCAUAAAAACAAGUGCCUCUUGGUGCAGUUCAGACUAUUAGGACCUUUCUAUCACCAACACUACAGGAAACAUGUCCAAAAAGAAUCGUAACAAGGGUGAGAAGCCUGAAAUGGAACUAGAAGCAGUGCAGGCGGCCAAUGAAGAGCUUCGGGCUAAGUUGACCAACAUUCAGAUAGAGUUUCAACAGGAGAAGAGUAAGGUGGGAAAGCUGAGGGAGAAAAUUCAAGAAGUGAAGCAAGAGAGAGAACAGGAGCAGCACAAACACACAGCCUACAUCUCUGAGCUGAAGGCAAAACUCCAUGAAGAGAAGAUGAAGGAACUCCAGGCUCUCCGGGAAGCUCUCAUCCGGCAGCAUGAGCAAGAAGUUGCCCGUAUGGUCAAAAUCAAAGAUGGGGAGGUGCAGCGCCUGCAGACCACAGUGAACGUUUUGAGAGAUGGUGCAGCUGACAAAGUGAAAACAGCUUUAUUGAAUGAGGUCCGAGAAGAAGCCAGGAAAUCAUUCGACGGGGAGCGUUUAAAGCUGCAACAGGAGAUAUUAGAGCUGAAAUCGGGGAAGAAGCAGGUGGAAGAGGCUUUGAACAAUUUUAUGCAAGCAGAUAAGAUGAAGGCUGCUGACCUGCGCAUGGCCUAUCAGUCUCACCAGGAUGAGAUCAAUCGAAUAAAAAAGGAAUGUGAGCGAGAUAUCCGCAGGCUGAUGGAUGAGAUAAAAGGCAAAGAGAGAGUGAUCGUGGCAUUGGAAAAAGAUCUGGGUGUGCAGGCAGGUCACACCCAAAAAUUACUUCUUCAGAAGGAAGCAUUAGAUGAGCAGCUUGUACAAGUCAGAGAAGCUGAGCGUUACCAUAGCAGUCCAAAGAAAGAGCUUCCAGGGGGAAUUGGAGACAUUUCUGAGUUAAUGGGCUUCUCGGAGCAGCAUAUGGAUGAACGAGAUGUGCGGAGGUUUCAACUAAAAAUUGCUGAGCUCAAUGCAGUCAUUCGGAAGCUAGAAGACAGAAAUACUCUGUUAGCAGAUGAGAGAAAUGAACUGUUGAAACGCUCGCGUGAAACAGAAGUUCAGCUGAAGCCUCUUGUCGAAAAAAACAAGAGAAUGAUGAAGAAAAAUGAUGACUUGUUGCAAAGUAUACAAAGGAUGGAAGAAAAAAUAAAGAAUCUAACAAGGGAAAAUGUAGAGAUGAAAGAAAAAUUGACUGCCCAGGCUUCUUUGAAACGUCACACUUCCUUGACUGACCUCAGUCUUACCCGAGAUGAACAAGAAAUUGAAUUCUUGAGGCUACAGGUCAUGGAACAGCAGCUAGUGAUUGAUGAUCUCUCCAUGGAAAGAGAACGUUUAUUGCGCUUGAAGAGACACAAAAGACUACCAAAGCUGCCAAAGAAGCAUGUUGUGGAGACAUUUUUUGGAUUUGAUGAAGAAUCUAUUGACUCAGAAACAUUAUCUGAAACCUCCUAUAAUACAGACAGGACAGAUAGGACCCCAGCAACACCAGAGGAAGAUUUGGAUGAUACAACAACAAGAGAAGAAGCAGAUUUAAGGUUUUGUCAGCUGACUAGAGAAUAUCAAGCAUUGCAGAGAGCAUAUGCUUUGCUUCAAGAACAAGUGGGUGGAACACUGGAUGCGGAGAGAGAAGCUAGGACUCGUGAGCAGCUACAAGCUGAUCUAAUUAGGUGCCAAGCCAAAAUUGAAGAUUUGGAAAAGUCAUUAAUUGAGAAAGGACAGGAUUCAAAAUGGGUUGAAGAAAAGCAACUGUUAAUCAGGACAAACCAAGAUCUAUUAGAAAAGAUUUACAGGAUGGAAAUGGAGACGAGUCAGCUGAAGAAUGAGAUGCAGGAUGCAAAAGACCAGAAUGAGCUGUUAGAAUUCAGAGUACUAGAACUGGAAGAGAGAGAACGAAGGUCGCCAGCAUUUAAUCUUCACAUAACCACCUUCCCGGAAAACAGUGGAAGUGCCCUUCAGCUGUUCUGUCACCAAGAAGGAAUAAAGGAUGUGAAUAUUUCUGAUCUUAUGAAGAGAUUAGAUAUCCUUGGAGAUAAUGGGAAUUUGAGAAAUGAAGAACAGGUUGCAAUAAUCCAAGCUGGAACUGUCCUUUCUCUGUGUGAAAAGUGGUUGAAACAAAUUGAAGGAACAGAAGCAGCGCUAACCCAGAAGAUGAUAGACCUGGAAAAUGAAAAGGACCUUUUCAGUAAACAGAAGGGUUACCUAGAAGAAGAACUUGAUUAUAGAAAACAAGCCUUGGAUCAAGCUUACAUGAAAAUCCAGGACCUGGAAGCUACACUGUACAGCGCUCUGCAGCAGGAGCCCGGCAGGCGGGCCAGCGAGGCGCUGAGCGAAGCCCAACGGGAGGACCUACGAGCGGCCGUGGAGAAGGUUCGGAGACAGAUCCUGAGGCAGAGCCGGGAGUUUGACAGCCAGAUCUUGCAUGAGAGGAUGGAGCUGCUGCAGCAGGCCCAGCAGAGAAUUCGGGACCUGGAGGAUAAAAUAGAACUUCAAAAACGACAACUGAAAGAAAUAGAGGAAAAGUUUUUGUUCCUUUUUUUGUUUUUCUCUCUAGCAUUCAUUCUGUGGCCUUGAUGACUCCAGUGAGCCAAGAAAUCGGGAUCGAAAAAGAGCUUAUGGAGUGAACGCCUAAGUGUUACUGCAGUCCAACCCCCCAUCCAAAGACAAAGUCCUUCAAAGUCAACCCCCUCAAGCAGUGAAUGAAUGUUGAUUGGACACAGCUUUAAACUGAUGCAUUAUGGUGAUGAAACUGUACAUGACACAUUUCAAACUGUAAGAUGUUGGAAAUGACAAGUGGGAAUUUUAAAAUGAUAAGCAACAUUUUUGUACCAGACUACAUUACAUUUCAGAUAAGGAUGUGCUGUUCAUAAACACACAAAAAAUGAACUGAAUAAAGAAAAAUCAAGUGCAAUUACAAGGGAUGAAGGGAAUGCACAAUGGUCUACCAUGAGAAGUCCCUGCAUUGGUCUCUAUCCUGCAUGCUUCUGACCAAUGUACUUUGCGGUUUCAUCACUGGACACAAACUCUCUGAAAUUUGUAUAUAUUUAUCAGUGACUAGCUAAAUGUUAACACUGAAUUCUGGAGGAAUUCUUUGAAGAGGACUCCAGGAAUCAAAAUUGGAAUUUAUAUUUCAGAACCCUUAGUUAACAAAUUUUCAAUCACACAGGUGCCUCUGGAUCUAGUUCCCGGAAAGCCAAGACAAGACUCUGGUAGAAACAGAGAGAGUGGUAAGCCAGUUGGUCUUGCUGCUUUCAAGAGCAGCCAACCACAGGGAAAGAACUUGGGCCCCUGAUCUCCAUAAGCAUUGUCGAUCAGAGCUUGGCAUGACUAUACAAAGCUUAUCAGUGUUCAAGGGGAAGUCUCUUCAGAGCUAGGGAAAAUGUCCAAGAAGGCAUGACUAGAGCAUUGUGAUAGAAGAAGGAGAUAGAAAGGAGAAAACAUAUUAAAGUGUUAAAUCACAGCUAUGUCUCUCUCAGGAUUCAAGUUAAAAUUGAAAAGAGCUGGGGGAAUAUUUGCACCAGAGGUUGAGCUCCAGAAUAAAAAGGUCAGGUGAAGAGAUGGGGCAAACAAUAUUUAACUAAAUAUUUAUUAGAAAAAAAAACAGCCUUCAGGCUGCAGUGCAAUUCAUUUUAUCACAAUUGAACUCAAAUAAAUAAACUAUUAAUUAAAGCAAUUGAAGUUCAAGCAUGAAAAAAUGAAACCAUUCUUGUCCUCAAGGAGCUUACAGUCCAAUAGUAUGGAUAUGAUGUAUACAUGGUGUCAAAUGUAAAAAAGAGGAGGGAUGAAAGCCAAGGAUAAAACAUUAAAAGAUACUCACAUUUAGGGGAGGAAGAAAAUCACAGACCUGUGGAAAUUAUGCCUCAUGCCUCACUGAAGCUUAGAAAGUAGCCCCAAGACUAACUAGGAAGCAUAGUUGGGUGUCUCAAAGUAAUCAGAAGCUUCAGAAGAAAGAUUGUGUUGUGGAUGAGUAGAAGAAAGUAGAAAAAGAAUGCAGAAAAAGUCCAGUACAUGAGAGCUUUCUCAGAGAAAAGAGAAUAUUUUUCUAGCACUACGAGUGAGGGUGGGGAAGGCAGUGAAAGCAAAGGAAACAAAUGAGACAAUGGUAAACAUUUUCCGAGUAAAGAGUUAGCUAAGAGUCAGGUAUGAUCAAGUUCAGGGAACAGUCGCUGAUAGGGAUCAAACACAUAGGAACCUUGGCUCUGUUUUAUGUGAUGUUGGGCACAUCAUUUCUCCAUUCUGGGCAUCGACUUCCUCUUUUAUAAAAUGCUGGUGGUGGAAGAACACAGGAUUAUCUCCAAUAUCCAUUAAACAGUUGGAGAAAAAAAAAGAAAAAGGAAAAAGCUCAAGGCAAAAAGGAGAGAUGUUUUGUGAUCAUAAGGGAGAAAGAAAGCAAUACAGAAAUCUUCAAAGGUAAAGAAUGUGACCUCAUUUGAAAAACAGCUUUCUGGAAGACCACAGGAGGCCAAUAUUUGUGCCAUAAAGAGUCAAGAAAGGAAAAAUUCAAUGAUUAUUGAAAACUUACAAUUCAGACUGACAGAAGCAACAUCGGUACCCAGAUGGGAAAGGGUUGAAACAAGACCAGGCAAUGAUGUACGCUAGUGGUUUCUAAGUUAAUUUUUAUAAAUGAAACUAGAGAAAAUAGACACACACAUAAUAAAAACACACAAACAUAUACACACACAGAGAUCCCAACAUAAGUGCACUUUUUGAUCACAGACCUCAAUAGGGGAACUGGGGGAAACCAGUGUUUUUGUUGGAAAAUCAGACCCAUGAAGCCCGAAGAAAUACUGGGCAAAAGAAUGAGUGGAAAUAAACUUUGACUGUAUUUCUGAAGCUGGGGGAUCAAAAGGGCUUUAUUGAUUCAAACUCUAUCAGUAAACCUUAGGGAGGAAAAAAGCACAAUUGUACACAGAAACUGAUUUUCUCUAAUAUCUCAACACCACACAUGUACUGCCAUUGUACAUGAUGACCUCCUGGGGGAAAAGGCAGAAAACAGGAAGCAGGUUUGUAAUCAUCUUUUUUUUUGUUCUUCCUAAUAACAAGUGGAUUUGAGGAAAAUGUAUCUGGCCUUGUGAUUGAGUGGCAUGGAUGAUAAUUCCCUGCAGUUUAUUGGAUCAAGUCUGAACUCCUGGUUUUCCAGGCUUUGGUGUCUGGCCUCUACCCUCUUGUCUCACUUCUUCUUUCUCAUUUUUCAUCAUUCACUCAUGAAGCCUUUCAGUGAACCAGCUGAAAAUAACACACUGUUCUUAUUCAGUGCUGGGGGAUGGGGGAGAUGCUGAGUUUAGUUGAAUUCUGCUCUCACUACUCUCCCUACCAUCAUCAACAUGGAUCAAGGAGGAUGUAUAUGUGUAUGUGCAUAUGUGUGUAUGUAUACACAUACCUUCCUCUAACUAUGGUGACAUACUCACUAUUUCCACUAUGUGUGUGUGUUUAUAUAUGUAUGUGUGUAUAGAGAGAGAGACAGAGAAAGGGUACAGUGAGAGACAGAGAGAAAGAGAGACAGACAAAGACAGAGAGAGAAAGAAAAGGAGAGAGAGUCAAAGAGAGAGGCAGGGAGAGACAGACAGACAGAGACAGAAAAAGUCUGAGAGAGACAGAGUCAGAGAGAGAAUGAAAAAGAGAGAGAGUCAGACAGACAAA